AUGCAGACUACUGUCGAGUUACAAUUCGGUGCGGGUCUUUCCGCGGAAAUGCUGCUGCCCGAAGAGAAUGCGACUGCGCUGAGAUGUAUUCAUCAGAUCAAAUUGGUACCUCAGAUCAUGGCUCACCUGAAACUAAAUUGUGUCGCCGGUAGCCUGGAGGUCUAUCACAGAUCGACCCAGACCGCUAAGACCACGGUGGAAGAAGUAUGCCUGGAUCCAAUGAACGAUGCAUCUGAUUUUCCCAGAGAAGUUAACUGUUAG